AUGCCAGUCGAGCAACAGAAAGACAUCACCAUGAUUGAAGAGAAGCCCCGAAGGCUAUCCGGUUCGAGCACAUCGAAAGAAGAAGCUGGCAUAGUCAUUGACACUUUCGAAAAGAAUAUCGAGAGCGCCUAUGUCCGAAAGCUCGACUUCUAUCUGUUGCCAUUCCUCUCGCUGAUGUACUUCUUCAACAGCGUUGACCGAUCGAAUCUGGGCAAUGCGAAGACGGAUGGAAUGGACAAGGACCUUGGCUUUACCGGCGAACAGUAUAGCUUGUUGAUCUUGCUAUUCUACAUCCCGAACGGACUUUGCGAUCUUCCACUCAACAUGUUGACGAAGAAAUGGAGUGGCAGAGUUAUGCUUCCGACUUUGAUGGUAGGGUGGGGCGCAAUGGCUCUCUUCCAAUGCGCAGCACACAACUUCGCAGGCAUGCUCGUCAUUCGUCUCCUUCUCGGUGCCUUCGAGGCCGGGUUCUUCGCUGGCGUCGUCUUCUACCUCACGCUCUUCUACACGCGCGGCGAACUCGGCUUCCGCAUCGCACUAUUCUUUGGCAGUGCACUUCUUGCCGGUGCUUUCAGCGGCCUCAUCUCCUUCGGCGUCUUUCAGAUCGAGCAUACCAACAUUCCCGGCUGGAAGUUUCUCUUCAUCAUAGAGGGCGCUCUUACUGUGGUCCUCGCUUUGAUAGCGUAUGCCUGGUUGCCAGCGACUCCUCAAUCGGCGUGGUUCUUGGACGAGGCUGAACGCAACGUAGCCGAGCGUCGCACACUGCGCGAUCUAUCCUCAUCCGGCUCCCACGAGUUUAACAUGCGAGAGUGUUUCAAGGAGUGGAACACGUGGAAGAUGCUUCCUUGGUGCAUCAUCGCCUUCACCUACCCUGUAGCUUUCAGCACGACCUCGAACUUUCUGCCUCAGAUCGUCCAACGCCUCGGAUUCUCCGUCAUCAAGACCAAUCUCUGGACCGUAGCGCCAAACGCGGUGGGCUUCGUCGUCUUGCUCUGCAUAACGUACAGCAGCGACUUCUUCCGCGAACGCACGUUCCACAUCUGCGGCGCUCUUUGCAUUUCUCUCGCCGGACUCAUCGUUCUCGCGACCAUCGACGUUCUCAACAACAAAGCCGUCGCAUAUUUCGCUUGCUUUUUGUUAUGUGCAGGCGCGUACGUACCUUCCUGUCUCGUACACUCUUGGCACAACAACAACAAUCUCAAUGAGAACGCUCGCGCUGCUACGACGGGCCUCAUGGUCGGACUCGGCAAUCUUGGAGGCAUCGUCUCCGCUGCGACCUUUAGACAGGAGUACGCGCCAAAGUAUCUGCCGACGCUUUAUGCAACUGCGGCUUGUAAUGUUACGUGUAUCUGCUUCACACUGUGGCUGGGAGGGUGGAUGAAGCUGGAGAAUCGACGGAGAGAUAAGGUGCAAGGUGUUAGACUGAGGGCGGAUGAUGUUAGAACUAGCGAAUUGGGCGACGGGGAAGAGAGCGAGAUGUGGCGAUACUUCACUUAG